GGUUCGCCGGCAAUGAGUUGUUGUUGUAAUACAUUUGCAGUCAAGCAUUGAAUGACAUUAAAAACAUAACAAAAUGUUUUGACUUUUUAUUAGAUCAUAAAAACACAUACUUUCACCAAAACAUUCAAUUUUCAUAUCAUUUUUUGAUUUAUUUAUUGAUUAAUGUUUAUUGUGUUUUAUCUUAUUUGUGUUUUAAUUGAUUUAUCCCAUUGAGUGUACAUUUAUAAACAGCCAUCAGUGGACAGCCAUCAGUGGACAGACAGCCCUAAACAGUGAUGAGCACAUCCCGUCUGUGAGCAGUUGCAGUAUAUCGAUAGCCUCAUCCACACCAAUGUCACUAUCAUCGAGUCGACCGCCCUCUCAGGCCAACGAUAGCACUGAUACCUAUUGGUUUGCACAUUCAGGUUUUGAACCUGUUGUGACUCCCGACACAGACGGAAGGGAUGGCUUAAAAUUUGAAGAAAAACUAAGAAUAUGUCGUGAAAAACAAGAAGAAGAUAAACAAAGACGUCUUCAUGAGUUUGAGAUGUCUGCACAACAGAAAGAGAGAUAUCGACAACAAGUAGAGGAAGAGCGCCGUCGAAGGAUUGAUGAAUUGAAGGUCAAGGACUUAGAGAAGAGGAAUGCCGUCGAAGAACGCAAAAGACUCAUUUGGGAAGCGGAACAGGAACGUAAGGAAGCGAUGCUUCGUCGGAGUGUAGAUAGAGAUAACAAAUUAUCUGCUAAACGACUGGCCCAACGAAAUAACACGAGUUUCGUGUUCGGCAGCUCUACGCCCCGUACUCUCGACUUAGACUUACCGGCUAUCGGUGUGUCUCGCAAUCAGACAUUACUAUAUGCGACACCAAAUCGUAUCAACCAUUCAGAUGAUAAUUCCAAACGACGACCAAUUUCUGCAUAUUAUUCCGAUGAUUACAAUAACAUUUCAAAUGCAAAUCCUGUUAAACCAACUGAGACUACCUAUCCGUUAAUUACUACUACUACUACUACUUCCAAUGCCGAUACUUAUGAUUACCUGAGAAAUACAUAUAAAUACCGGAGCGCUCUUUACUCAGAGCAGACCAGAGCUUGUUUGACAAUGUUUGACAAUUCUGGUCAUGACUUUAAUGUGAAAAAUGUUCGCCAGAGUUCAGCUGCCGGUGCCGAAGAUAGUCUGAUGACACAAUCACUAGUCUCCCUUCAGGGUGUAUCACGAGGUCGUGUCCAUCACACGGAGUUGACACCAGUGAUGCCGAGAGAGCGUAUAUUUGCCUCUUCAACCAGUCGUAUAAAUCGUGACAAUAACCGCUUGAUUGGAACCGAUUCGGUAAAAUGUACACCAAAACGUGCUGUCAGUAUGACUCGUUUGGAUCAAUUGGCACAACCGAGACGUCGAUACUUAGAGGAGACUCUGAAAUCCAAUACUAACUUAAGCGUUAACUCAAGAGAUUCACUUUCACCAACUCGACCCAUGUCUUCACAAUCAGGUUCAAUGGAGGUUUCAGAAGUCAAACGAAGAGUUAAACCAGUAGUUGCACGAAAGCCAAGACCACUUAGUAUUGGCAGUCCUUAUGCUGUGAGAGUUAAAGUUGAAGACAAAGUAACAGAACCGACAGCUUCUGCCUUUAGAGGAAGUCGUUCUCAAGACAAACAGCCACAAUCAGUGCCACAAAUGAGACACAAUAGAGCUAAAAGUGCAACCGGAGCACCGCGUCCACUAUCAUUAAUAUCUCCUGACAGUCCUACUCCUAAACCAACUCCACCGCGAAAACCGGCUCAUGUCAAAGCAGCGGCAAUGGCCAGAAAAGCUAACAAACAGCUGAAUGUAGAUAAUGUCGAACAGAUUACUUCACCAAUUGAUAGUGGAAACGAUUCGCCGGUUAUUUCCAAACAAAAUUCUAUAGAAAGUCCUGUGCCAUCAAAUGAGUCAAAGGCUAUCGAAACUACUAUUUCURCAAUUAAUGACGAUAUGAAUUCCAGUUUUGUGGUUAACUCCAGUAAAAAGGAAGUAUCAGAAGAGGAAUAUAAGAAAAUGAUGGCCGAGAAGCGAAAACAGGCGCGAGAACAGGCGGAAAAAGAGGCAGAGAUUGAGAGACAACGAAUUGAAAGAGAGAAACGAGAAGAAGAUGAGAAGAUUCGUAAAGAAGAAGAAGAGCAGAAACGUCUAGAAGAAGAACAACUUAGACUUAUUGAGACACAGAGGAAAGCCGAAGAAGAACGACUCAAUAAAGCUAUGGAAGAAAAUAGACUUCGAGAAGAAGAAGAAAACAGACGUAAAAUUGAAGAACAAAGAGUUAGACAGGAAAAAGAAGAUAAGGAAAAGCGAGCUAAAGAAGAGGCAGAACAACAGCGUCGAGAACUUGAAGAACGUCUCAAACGAGACGAAGAGGAACGGUUGGCCCGCAAAAAGAAAUUAGAAGCCAUAAUGAGUCGGACCCGCAAAACUGCGUCCUCUCCUCGUGUGGAGUCUCCUUCUUCUCCUAACGAAACUCCCGAACCUAAUGACCAUUCAAAUUAUAGUACACCCGAAAAAAAUCGAGAAAUAUCUAAAAAUCAACAAAAUAUUAUUUUGAAUGAACAGAAAAGUGAUGAUUUAAUUAUAAUUAAUACAACAAAACAACAAAAACCUGAUUUAGUUGAAGAUGUCAACAGAGCGGUCAAUAAUAAGCAAAAUAAUACUUUACUUUAUAAUCACAAUAAUGUAAAUAAUAAUUAUCGUAUCGAUAAUAGUAAUAAUGCCCAGUGUUUAGAGUCGUCUGAAAAUCUGUUAGACCUAAACAGCUCAUCAAAUAAUAUAUCAUUAGAUCAGUUAAUUAAUAUAAAUUAUUCGCAACCAAUUGGAGGUGACUUAAACUCUAAUCCUUUUUCUAACGGAAAUGCAUUUACUAACGGUGCGAAUCGUAAAAGUCAAGAACAACAACAACCCAUCACAGAUCUACUUUCUUAAUGUUGACUAAAUAUUUGAGAAAUUAUAAUUCAAUUUUAAUUUUAAUUUUAAUUUGAA